CGUCAUCAUUUGUAUCAAUCUGGCUAUAGAUAUUUUGCACAUUAUAGGUCGAAAUGCCGAUUGCUCGGCAGGAUUUGCAGCUCUCACAUGGGCUAUGGGGAUUUGAAGACGAUCCAGGAGGCUGCGAGUUACCGCCGGUGCACCAAAUCAAGAAGACACAGAUCGCCAAGCAAGAAUGGAAAAGGUUAAUCGAUAUCCAACGUCACCUCGUGCUCACCCAGAGCCGUGAGUCGCAUUCAUCCUCUUCAUCUGAUAAGGAGCCUUUACGAAAUAUAAGCCACCAUCGACGAGGCGCUGUUGGUGAGAGUAAACGUAACGACAAAGAUAAAUCCAUUGGUAAGACCCCAGACGAUAAAGACAAAAGUAAACGAAGACGAGUUCAGGUGAAAACCUCAACCGGAUCUAGGCUACCUCUAAAUAGAAACAGAAAACCGAGUACAGCUGUCGUCGCGGAAGAGGCUAAACUGAAUCGCAAAACUUCAGUAUCGUUACCGAUUGUCAUACGGGAUAAAACCAACUGGACCGGCCAUAGCCUUAACAGGAAAAGUUCCACUGCACCAGAGCUUGGUGCUGUAAAAGUACCGGCUGAAAAUGUGGUUCACUCCGAUACUAACACGAUUAAAGGUGACGCAUCCCCUGGAAAAGCAAAACACAUAGGUCACCCGGAAAACGGGAUUCGAGGGGAACAAAGCUUAGUACUUCAUUACCUGGAUACCCCACGUCCGCCAACAAUCCUCCAUAUUGUGGACAGUGGAUUUACCAGUAGCGGAAGUGAAAACGAAAAGCGCACGAUGCUGCGCAGUGCCGAAAUGAUGGAAACGCUGAAUAUCCUCCUUCAACGAAGGUUUCAAGACAAUAACCAAGCAAGCCAAUCAGACAACCUAUCCGGGUCAUCUGCUAGAUCAACACCAAUUCCACAGGAGUAUAUUAGUAACUUAAACGAGAAAAAAUUGCAAUUACUUAAUCGUCUCCAGUACUCACUGCGUGCACUAAUGCACGAUCGGUGCGUGCUAAUUAUUAAACGGGAGGCCUUGACCAGAUUGGAAAUCUCCGCAAAAUUACUCGAUCACAUUCGUCGACUAGUCGUCGAGCAACACGCUGAAAUGAAGCGUCUUAUGGAUAGCGGACCAAAGUCUGUGUCGGUUGAUGAGGUUCGCCGGCUUGUCAUGGCUGAUGGAGAGCAUAGUGAAGAUCAAAACGAAGAAGACUCAAAAAAGAGCAGACGUCAAGAAAAGACACUUUUAGAGGAAAGCGCAAGGUUACCUAGAAUUCUGGAACUUCUCAACGAAGUGUCGAUUGCUUCGCAUUGGCUUCGACGCUACAUCCGUCAGAUGGUGGAGUCAUUUCACACAAUGAUCCCAUCGUCUGUCGAUCCGCUGCUCCUGUCAACGCAUCGCCAACUGAAUCAAAGCUCUGAGGUGGCAUUCACAUUUGUCUCCGCCGCGCUCCAUUCAAAGCUCCGCUUGCUCGCGCGCCUUGACCCUUCGGACAUUGAUCAAGAUCUCCUUCAAGCAAUGUUCGCGCAGUGCCAAAUCUUCAACAAGAUCCUCGAGUUCAGCGGGGUACAAACCCACUCGGUAAAGCCAUUAAAAGUUGCUGAUGUGAUGGAGCGUCUUGGUCGUGAGCAGGGAAGACUUGCGGCGGUGCGCGCAAUGGCGGGUGUCUGUCGUACGGCUCGUACACGGGUUGAAGCCGUAGCGGGAAAAGACGACAGUGGCAACAAAGUGUCUCUUCGGGAGAACCUUGAAUUUGAGUGGAUUCCUGGUGACACUGGAAGCGCGGACCGGCCCGAACCAUUACGAAAAGACCGGGAAGCCUUAGCCGGAGAAACGUCUGACUAUUUUUCGGAUUAUUCGAACGGCACGAACAAUGGCGCAUUAAAAAUCUACAGCGCUGACGUUGGCCCUUCUAACAAUAAUGGGAGCAUCACCAAUGUGCCAGCAACCGGAAAAAAAAACAAAAAUGGCACUCCAUCUUUGUGCGCGGCUGUCGACUCAGCAGUUGGCAGUGCCCAAAGCCUUCUAAUUCGGAGCAACUUUGUAGCAACGGCAAUGUCGGUACAUGAAGCCGAACCAGGAACCCACGCCCGCCACGGACAGGGUACUGGUAAAAGACAACGCUGGUUUAAACCGACAGCAGAGCAUGCUAUGUAUACUAGUAUAAUGCAGACGAUAGCUACAGUCUUUUGGGAAGCGUAUUGGUCGUCGUUUGCGGUUCGUGCACUCGAAAGUGUUGUGGUUCCUAUUGCGAGUCCGGCAAACAUAGCUAGUGGGACUAAUCCCCUAUUUAGCCUGCUUGGCGUGGAUGUACACGUUAAGACGGUAGUUCUAUCGCUUGUAGAUUACGCUAAGGAUAUACAUGCGCCGGAUCUCGAUGAGGACGCACUCAAUGCCAUUAUGAAAAUUUACCAGGAGAUUUACUUCUUGGUGGCGACAAGUUGCUGGAGAAAAGACAUGAGCCUGGCAACAAUUUCCUAUGCGCUUCGUCGCAGCAAGUUCGUGCCGAUUGCAGGAGGUCGAGUCGGAACAGAUGCGGGAAGGCAUCUAUUUAGGGCACUUGAACCCCUUCUCGGUUACCUGGUCUCUUGUCCACAGGACAACGCCCGUUCACAUAACGUCGUGCACCAGGUUAUUGUACGGCAAUCUGUCACGGACACGCUGCAACUGGCCAUCCAGUGGUUGGAGGAUCGGCAGAUGUUUUCAUCUUCAUGGGAUCCAUACCAAUACCUGGUAAUGGGCUGUUCAGAUCUUGCCCGAAUGCGGUAUCUGCUUGUGCGCUGCAACAUGAGUCAGGCGUCUGCAGCAUCCACGGCAGUUACGCUAAAUACAGCUCUCCGCAAGGAAAGUUUCCUCUCCAGGAGAUUGCCGCCGUCGCAUUUCGCAAAUUGGGUUUUUGUCAAGGAUGUUGACAGGAGAUAUCAGCAAACGGUCACCUUUUUUAUGAGCUUGGAACAGAUUCAGCUCCGGCAGUACGAGGCCAACUGCAAAAUGAUGUGCGCCGAAUACUUUGCCACAAAUCUUCCGCCUAACAAGUAUUUUCGUCGCAAAAAAAUAGAGGCGGGUCACGAGAUCGACUAUAUGACUCCAUUACUUCAGUACCUUGUCGUACCAACAAUGAAGGCAGUUGAAAACUACAGCGAACUGGUACAAGAAGAGGUCAUGAAAUUCUGCUCGACGAGUCUUGUAGAUGCCUGGAAGAACGCUAUUCAGAACAAGAUGCUCAUGUUCAGUUAUGUAGGCGCAUCGCAGCUACACGCGGACAUUUCAAAGACAAAACACCUUAUUACGGAAUCCUGCCUUAGCCGUCGGGCGAAGGAAGCCUGCAUUCCAGUCUUCAAUAACUUCGCUGCCAUCGCUGCGUUCUUGAUGGAAGAGCCUCGACUUGUGGAAGGAGCUCACGAAGGACUUAAUGUGGGACUCAGGCUGUCACACUCUUCAAGGUCUAAUCGCAUUGCGCCGACUAAAAGCGCACAGCCCAUCGCAUAUGACCCUCCUGGUUUAGAAGAUUCCCAACAAGCGACAGCAGUCGUAGACCGUCGACGUUGGGCAAAACACAAACUGAAACCAAUGAACCUUUGCUUUUGCUGAACUAGAAGAUCUCAUUGUAUGCUGUAGUGUCGAUUGCGACUAGCAUUGAACAAACGAUUAUUUGAGGAGAUUGAAAUAAGCUUACAGCUUAUAAUUUUUUUUAAGCUUAUAAUUUUCCAGUAUAAACUGUAAAACUUUUGAGCUGCGUGUCAUGCCGUCGCUGCAAAUACGCACGUACGAAUUAUGAUUGAACUAUCAUGUCGAAAACAUUCAAUUAUGACAUUUAACUGCGAAUAUGUAAUUACAAAUGAUCGGUUUUCAUCUGAUGUUUGCCAAAUCAAGUUUUAGUUACUGUGCCUUGUACAGUCUGGUGCUGCUCACAUCAGGUCAGUGUAAUGGUAUUUUCGAUAAUAGAUAACUAGCAGUCAAGGGGAGCCAUUUGAACACUGUAGUUAGUCUAGCACUAUAAAAAAAAAGUAUUUAGUCGAAUGGUUAGUCAACAAAUCACUGCAAAGAAGUAAUGUGAAGAGACGAAGCUCGAAGGGAAGAUGUAGGAUGCCGACACUGCCAUGUAGACUGGGCCAUUCGUUGUACAAAUGACCAAAGCAGAAUUUAUGCGUGAGUUAGAACAGAUGCCACAUUGUAGUAGCUGUAUAUAUGAUAUAUAAUAGAAAAACUCUAGACUUACAUAAGUAGCCAUGAAGACGACAGAGAGAGGGAGGAUUCACCCAUUUGAAAAGAAGGAUCAUGUGGCUUCAAGCUAAGGUCUCUGUUGUGAAAAGCGGAUUGAAGUAAAAUUAUAUCUAAAGAAAUAUAUCAUGGACAGAAAAAGGUCAGGAUGGUCAGGAUUAACUCUGCCACAAACAAUGUUUACCGGGGGAAGUGGCCACGACGCACAAAAAUAUAAAAAAAAAUUGAAAUAAGGUCAAACAUCCUCACGGCGAUUCGGGCCUAUGCCUCAAUGAACAGAGUCCCCGUAACCAGUCAUAGCUAUGUAUUUGCUUAAAGGUGUACACACAGACCCAUGUAAUAUAAUCGUAGUACUAUAUAAAUGUCCCCAGUUCAGAUAGCAUUGGAACUCCGUCAGUAAAUUAAAUAGUACAAUAGCGGGUCAUAUGGAGUUAACCAAUGAAGGCUGUGAUCUGAGUGUUGGUUACAUCAAUAAUUAUUCUGAAGUAACGUGAGGGAGUCCAGAAUAAACGUGUGUCCUAAAACGUACAAUCUAGAGAGCCAACUUCUUUCUGUACAGAAGUGUAAGAUAUAGUCGAUUAUGGUUACUAAGUAUCUAGUAGUAAAGACUGUACUCGGUUGAGGGUUGACAUAUUAUUAAAUUGAAACGGUGCUUUUUUUUUAAAAAAAGCCGCUUUUUCUAAUUUUUUAUUUAUUUCUGAUAUACCGUUUGAAAUGCUCUUUCUGCUCCAUCAGUGCGCUGUAAUGGUAUUGUGUUUUAAGUGCAGUUUUCAGUUUUUAAAGGAACUCUUUAAAGAUGGACCUUCCAUUUUUGACACCUUCUGCAUUAGGCGUUUUAUCGAGGUCCAAACGCUGUCCUCUGUAUUGUAUCGACGUUAAGCAUAGGAUUCGAAACCUGGAGGAUGUCCUUGCUGCAGCCGAUCAUCUGAGGUUGUGGAAAGCCGUCUGAAGGCACUUUUAAAGAAAGACGGCCAGCAAAGACAAGACCUUGUCGUGUUGUGUGGCUGCAGCCAUAUGACUGAAGUUAGCACUUCAGGUCCCUUGACUUUACACAGAAAUUUGAAACAUGGAAGCCUCACGAAUUUUCUGAGUUAACCAUGCGAUUAAAAUUCAGCGUUGCAUUGUAACAUCUCUUUGGGUAUCGAACGGCAUGCCACAAUAUCGAUUUGUGCAUAAAAUCGUCACCGGUGAGGAAAAAUGGUGUUUGUACACCAACCUGAACUGAAAAUGAAUGUGAGCAGUUUUAAGAUCCCUGAGUUAAGGCUUAAGGAUCACCAGAUCUUCAUCUAAAAACAGUUCUGCUUUGAGUUCAGCGAAACUAUGAGGGCUGAACUCAUUGGAAAUUGCCUUUUAAGAAUUACACAGUUGAUUGCCCCUUCUAUUUGUCGUAGUUGCAUCAAGUCAAUCAGUCUAUUCAGAAGAAAACCUCCGACCAACAAAGCCAGAUCAUCCUUCUCCAUGACAACAUGAGGCUGCACGCGGUGAGUAUCGCCAGAACUACCCCCAUGAUUUUGAGUAGGUUUUCUUGGGAUUUGAAUAUUCUUUAAAGUUUACACCAAUGGAUUUUCACCGUUUUCAUUUACUGAGCAAUCACUUUCUUAGUCUUCCCUUGACACAAGUCAACAACUCUUAGAAAACUUAGAAAAUUAAAUGAAACUCGGCACCUUCUGGUGAGACGAUUUACAUCAUUUCACAUCACAUCGUCAACAUGACGGAAGAUGCAUAACAUAAUAAUAUUAUGACGGGAAUGGAAAACGUGGUGUUUUCUAUGCAGCAAAAGAAGCGCGGUAUUUUUUUUCCUUAAUCUAACACUGAUGCCAGUUUUAUUCUUACGCGAAUCAUAUGUUCCUCUCACCUGACAAAUUUCCAUUCGGUGUAAUCAAUUUUGCAAUUAAUCGCAUCUUAUUCCGGAACCUAAUACGCCAUAUACAUAUAUAACUUUGUAUAGUUGGCGCGUUUAGGUUUAAAGCUGUCAAAUGCAUCAUGCAAUUUUUAAAGGUUUAGAGAAUCUUUGAAUUUCAUGAAAUCUUUGAAAUGGUCUAUGAAAUAAUUUGAUUAACCAGCUUGGCGGGAAAUACGAUUGGUGUGCAAGUGUUGUCGAAAUCUCUAUGAUAUGUUCAUUUAUCUGGAAAUCAAAUCGAUAAUUAAUCAUUAAAUAUAACAAUGAUAAUAAUAAUAAUAAUAAUAAUAGAUCAAUCUCAAAAACGCCUUUUCAUUGUUCAUUGUAUUCGAGAUAUCUUUUAGAAAAUCUGGAUGUGUUAUCGUAGUUAAUAAAAUCCUCCUCAAGUAGCAAGAUACACGUAUAAAUAUUUGAUUUUAUUCGUGCAAGACAAAUAUUGCCGAAUUUCAUUAUUGAGUAACACCUUGACAAUAGAUGGUGACGGGUGGUAACAGCUAGGGACGUUUCAUUUAGGAACUUUUUGUGUUAAGGUUCAGAAUGUAAAAUAUUGGCAAUAAUAAAAAGCUUAGUGGCUCUAGAUUUUGCCGUAUCUGACCGUCCACUUCCAGGCCCCUAUCUGUGUGUUGAAUCUAUCAAACCUCUAUCCCAAUGAAACUGCCACAAGGAAACGCUGCUUAAGCCAGUUAAACCAAGAGCUGUGGUCGUGUGCCUCUAUAAAAUCUUUGCAGAAAAGAUAUUGCCAAUAAUCUUGUUGUGAGGUACCAAUGAACUUCGCCGACACUCAUAUAGAAAAAUGAUCUUAUGUAGGGCGCCACGCUACCACGAUAACAGUCAGAUAGAUCAAUCCGUUAUGGGAACGGACAACGGAACAGAUGAGGAAGGCAAUGACAGAGCGAAUAAAUCAUAGACGCAGAAUUCGUACGUCAGAUGCAAAUCAAAUCGCGGAAACUUCAACAUUCCUGCUUGGUUAUUUAUUAGGCUUUUAGUACAUUGCUUGUCCCUAGAUGAUAACGGGUGUUUUAGCGGUGAGCGAACUGUUAAAUAGAGCGAAGAUUAAUUGCUAACGUUGUGUGUAUUACGUGUACAAAUUUAACGCUUGAUAAUAUUGUAUAAAUAAAUUUCCAUAUUAGAUGUUAUAUGACGGUAGUCAUUAAGUUCAAUUGUCUUUAACUGAACCACAUCAAUUUUUGUUGUCUUCGGUGUAAUAACAAUAAUAAUAAUAAUAUGGAUAAAGAGUCGGAAAUA